GUGGGAAAGUCCAGCCGUUUGGACUCUGUGGAAAUAAAGAAACGAGAAAGAAUAAGCUCUCUUUAGUCUCUUCGGUUUAAAGAGUUGUGUAGCGAGCUAGACUAGGCUGGGUGCGGUUUGUUAGUUUGUUAGCUAGUUAAACCGCUGCUGCUGAGAGUGAAGCUUAACUUAUUUAGUUGGAAAACUCUCUCUGGACUCAGCUUCAUUCUGAGACUUUAACUGACACUAACCUGCCUUCUGCUGUUCUGACAGCCAGAGCUGAGCCCUAGUUCUCUCAGCUGUUCGUUUUUUACCGCAGUUUAAAGUCAGAGUAAAGGAGUAAAUGUUUAGUGGUUUAGUGUUUUUUUCUGCUCCGGGUUGUUUUCCUUUGUUCCGCGGCGGUGGGAGGGGCAGGACUACAGCCGGAACUUGCGAUGCUUCUGCGCCAUUUCGGUGAAGUCAGCUCGAGCUGCGCCAUAUCUCUCGACCUAAACUUUUUCAGCUCGUCUUUCUGAGCGAUUUCAGCAUCUGAAACGACUGAAUUCAGGUUAAAGCGGACUUGUUUUCGGCCGUAUUUUCUGUUUUCGAGUAGAAGAGCCCGCGAGGCGGAGACUCGAGCGAGUAAAGCGAGUUUUUUUCCGCUGUUAGCUCGCAGGCUAACACUAUAGCUGUAGUUAGUUAGCUUGCCCGCGCCUAAUCCUCAGCUCGGCUCGGUCCUGUGUCUGUUUAUUCACCGUCCAUGUAUCCACCUCUACCGCCCUGCGGCGGGUUUGAAAUCAUGCUGGGAGAAACACUCGUGCAUCGAAUCGAGUCAAGCCUGGACGACGUGGAAAACAACAAGCCGCAGUUAACGACGACCACAGCGGCCACCACCUCCUCCUCCGCCCGCUCCAACCUCAACGCCUCCAGGAGAGCGCUGCUCAAGAAGGGCGCUCGCCGAGUCCGCACAGCCACCAGCCUGCAGGGCAAACACGGCCAGAGCGGCCAGGGGCAGCAGCAGCUCCACCACCACCAUCAGAGACAGCAGCAGGCGGCUCUGAUCCGCAACAACAACCACCACCAUCAGGCGCGCCUGGCGGACAUCAUCAACAACAAUAACACCAACACCACCAGCAGCAGCAGCUCCUCCAGAACCGCGGCUCCAGCAGCCGAGCUGCCAGCCAGCAGAACCGCGGGGAACGCGGUCACACACCUAAAACCUGCAGCCAAAAAGGAGCUGCUGAAAUCGAAAACAGGAAGAGCUGAGAGAGGAAACCAGCCAAACGGGCAGUCCAUCCACAGCCUGAGCAAGCAUGAGCAGUCCGCUCCUAACCUGAUUGUACGCAGUCAGAAGAGCAGGCUCAGCAACACACCUGGAAUCAUAACACUUGCAAGAAAAUGUGACAGCAACAACAAGCAGAGCCCCCCUGUGUUAUUGCUCUCCAGCCACAGGGACGAGAAGAGGCCUUUAAGCUCAGCAGAUGGCGGCAGGAACGCCAACCUGUGUCCACCUCUACCUUCACCCGAGGAGAACCUCAAAGAUGGUGAGAAGACGUACGCAGGGGCCAAGUUCAGCGAGCCACCCUCGCCGAGCGUGCUGCCCAAACCACCCAGCCACUGGGUGGGCGAGAACAACCCCAAACAUUCCGUCAGCAGCAGAGAGCAGAUGUCCGUGCAUUUGAAGACCCUGCUGAAGGUCCAAGCCGAGCCAUGACCCCACAUUCGGCAAACAUAUCGUCCAAAUUUGGAUUCUCAGUGGACGCCCAAACACCUUAAUAGUCACAAAUUGGCAUUGGACAAUCGAGCAUAAAGACUGGAAACGUUAUUUGUUGCAACAGAAAGUAUUGAGUUUGGACUGCGAUUUACAAAAAGAAGAAAGAUUAGAGUUCUGCGUUUGUUUUAAGAAAGUGGCCUUGUGUUAAAUGGGUUUUUUUCCUUUUUAAACAAAACUUGUGUAAAUGUAAAUACUGUAAGACAUGUAAUAUAUGUGUAUAUUUUUGAUGUUCAUUUUAACAAAAGAGUAAAUCUAGUUUUGUUACUGAGGCUUAUGAGUCACAUGAUGACUGCAUUCAUCAUGGUAUAUCAUGAUGUGGUAUGCUCUUUUAAAGUGUACUGAUAAGCUACAGGAGCCAAUUUUGGGGCACAUUGCAUGUAAGAAGUUUGCUUACAAUUUUGCACAAGACUGAAAAAAACAACACGGGUCCCUUUAAGGUGUGAGAAUUAAUUGAGAGUGUGGCGCUGUAAGGUUCUGUGAACCCGUCCACACGUCCUGUGGCUGCUAUGGCUGAAUGCACUGCAUAGAGAGCCUGCAUCAUGGACUGUCUUGGAAAGGGGGCUCAACAGACAACAGAGAGAAAGAGUGUAAGUCUAAAUGGAAGGACUUUGGUCUCGUAUGAGGAGCACUGCCGACAACCGAAGCAAAACAGAGAAAUAACCAACAGCAUUUCCAAAAACCUAUGGAUUCUUGUUCCGCUCUGCAAGCACUGAUCCUUUAGAUUAACUUUUUGUUUUCUUUGUAUUAAUUCCUUUUCUGUAGCAUUAACAGCCUUGCUCCUGGUUUAUUGAAUGUUGUAUUUGUCAUACUGGGGAGAAAGAAGUUUACUGUGAGAGAGAAGGAUUAUAUGUUGUGAGGUGUUUACUUGUGUUUGGAGAAAGCCAGGCAGCUACCAGCAUCCUUUCCUUCUUUUGACUAAAUUUUCACACGACUUUACUUUUUUUUUUUUUUUUUAUAACCGUCUGAAACCCAACACAUUUUGUUGCAACAAAAAAAAUGUUUUCAAUCUUUUGACCACAGUCUGUUUUAAAAGAAAACAAACAAUGCAUUCCCCUUUAUCUGAUUGGAAAGAGAAACGUUAUGAACGUUUUUAUUGAAAAAUAUAUAUUGAAAUAAAGAAUUGGCUAUCCCCUUUA